UAGGGAAGCGACAGAGAUUGAGGAAGAGAGCCACAGAGAGAAUAAGAAACAGCAAUCAAUAAGAAACUGAUUGCUUUAGGGAACAGACCAGGAGAGAGAGAGAGAGAGAGACCAAGGUCAGCAGAGAAGGAGAGAAAUAAACUUACCUGAAAUCGACAAAGGAGAGGAAGGAAAGGGAAAAAAGGGGGAAUUGGUUGGUUAGGAGAUGGCGGAUCAAACUAAUAUCCAGUCCGCUGCCAGCAAAAGCAUUCGACCCUUCAAGUCGAGCGAGGAAUAUUUAUAUGCCAUGAAGGAGGAUUUGGCUGAAUGGCUAAACACCUUGUAUGAUCUGGACAUCCAUGUGGACCUGUUCAUGGACAAGUUGGAGACGGGGUACGCGCUGUGCAGACACGCCAACAACCUCAACCUCAUGGCUGGCCAGUUUGAGGCCAGGAACCCGGAGUUGGCCAGCAAGGUGCAGAUCCCCAGGGGAGAGGUGAUCUUUACCUCCAAGAACGUCUCCCCAGGCUCCUUCGUGGCCAGGGACAACGUGUCCAACUUCAUCAGCUGGUGUCGCGGCCACUUGGGCAUCAGGGACGCUCUAAUGUUCGAGACCAACGACCUGGUCCAGCGCAGGAAUGAGAAGAAUGUGGUCCUCUGUCUCCUCGAGGUGGCCAGGAGAGGCUCCAAGUUCGGCAUGUUGGCCCCCACCCUCAUCCAGAUGGAGGAGGAGAUCGAGGAGGAGAUGAUGAGGGCAUCCGAGGCUGGACAGCCCCCCGGGCACUCCAGGAAGCCUAGCGCUGGCCCCAACACAGGCACCAGCACCCAUUCCCACCCCCACACCAUGAGUUGGGGGGAAGGGGCUCUCCAAGAACCUACAGCCCAGAGGAGGUUGUGCGAUUUCAAGAACCUGGACGCAAUGGUCCGGGAGAUCCUUGGCUAUUGCUCCUGCCCGUCGCAGUUCCCUAUGACCAAAGUCUCUGAGGGUAAAUAUAAAGUGGGCGAGACCAGCGCUUUGAUCUUCAUCAGAGUGCUGAGAAACCAUGUGAUGGUGCGAGUGGGGGGUGGCUGGGACACACUGGAACAUUACCUGGACAAGCACGAUCCCUGUCGCUGCGCCUCGUUUGCUCAUCGCCUGGUGCCGGGGAAGGUGAGCGGUUCCAGGACCCCGCGAGAGUUGCUGGGGGCCGGGGGGCACGGGUCGAGGUCGUCGAGCCCGGCUCCUUACCGUCACUCCGAGGGGAACGUCAGCCUGAAGCCACCAGAGAGCGCGAGGCUGACGGAGAAACGCGGCUCCUUGGUGUCGGACAACAGGGCCGAGGGCUGCGGGGGCCGGGGAGGUGAGCGUUCCUACAGCCCUUCUAACGGUGGCGUCAGAGCGGAGUGGACACGAGGGACCCCCUCGGCCAACCCCGCUUUCAGGCCAGAGUCCCCCGACAACGGCAGUCGUUCCACCCGAUCGCCGACUCCAUCUCAUCCGGGAAGAGCGUCUGUCCCACGCCGGCCGCAGGACAAGACCCAUGGCAGCUCCAGCCAGCCUGCUAAACAAACGGAGUUGUUUGGACGUGGCGUUACCAGUAAAUCAGCUCGAAUUGACGGCAUUCAUUGCCGGGCCCGAUGCGAGAGUGUGAAACGCAACGAGCCUGACCUCAGUGCUGAGAAUCACUUGCUUUUCAAAGUCCAGACUCGAGGACCAGGCGAGGAGGCAGAAGAGCGAGUCGUCCGAACGGGGCUCGUCUCCGAAGCAGAGGCCGAGGGUGGCGGCCACUGGCGGGCGGCUGAGCAAAGGCAAAGCGGGGAGCGGUGUGGCCGUGCUGGUGAUCAACCGCGGCAAGGAGGGCCGGCAUUCCUGGGCUCGGGCCGGCGAGGGCGAGGAGGGGAGAGCGCAAGUGGACAAGCGGGUGACUCGAGGCAAGUCGCCAACACGACCACCGACAACAACAACCACCACAACAACAACAAAUUGCGUUUAUACGGCGCAUUUCACAUCAGGAGGCCGUCCCAGGCCACUGGAGGCUUUGGGCCAGAACCGCUCGACCACACAGCGAGCGAGAGGCCAGAGGACCCCCGCGGGUGGCCAGUCUGUGUCCAGCCGGUCACCUUGGGUAAAUCAGAACGUUUCGGACGGGGGGCAGUUGAUGGGGAGAACGGACUUGGCUUGGGCUACUGCCAGGACCCAGAGUUGGAGCCAGACAUGGAGCGGGAGAACGGGGUCAGCUGCCGCCCUCUGGCCGAUGCAGGGGAAGCGGAGGAUGCCUCGGGCUCGUGCCAGGACCCGGAGUCAGAGCCAGAUACUGAGCGGGAGCGGGAGCUUUACCGCAGCUUCGAGGAGGAGUUUCUGGCCAACACCAGGCGGGCGCUAUUCGAGGGGGACGGCGAGGCCGAGGCAGAGGGCGCGGUGCAGGAGGGAGGCCUUCAGGUGGACGAGGCCCUGAAGACAGUAGAGAGCAUCUCAGAGCCUCUGUUGCCGAGUCCCGUGGCGGAGAAACGUGCCUACAGUGUCGUGCCUGAGCAACGAGGAGCCAGAGACACAGUUGUGACGGAGGACGAAGAGGAGCUUGUGGGAUACGAGGAUAGCGUAGAGUCAACGGUGGAAACAUCCAGCGAGUCGUCCUUCAACAUCCGCUUCCCGGUCUCCCCAGGGCCCCAUCGGACUCCCACCGUCGUUAUGAGGCCCAAGAAAUCACUAAGGAAACCCGACCGAGUGCCAUCCAUUUACAAACUCAAACUGAGGCCCAAGAUCAGGCCCAGGACGGACAACCGGCCCGAAAGGAGGCCCUCCAAGAUACCCACCCCCGCUAGUGUCGGCCUGAAGAUCCCAAGGCCCCCCCAGGAGGAGGAGGAGGAGUGAGUGAGGCCAUUCAACAUCUGAGCUCAUCCCAACCUGGAAAGGAUCUGGUGUCUUCAUCCCACCUCUGGGGGUAGGAGAAGUCAGUCUGUGGGUAUUGAGUUAUGGCAGAAAUUAUAAUACGUUUGUAGCUCAAAAUCGACCAAAUAUUAGCCUGACACAGUAGGUAGCACUCCAGCCUCUGAGUUCCAUGAGGUUGUGGUUUCAAGCCCCCACCACGUUGGUGGGGUAAGUUUGCAAGUUUUAAGUUCAACCCCCCGCCACUUCAGGACUCGGAAUCACACAGUCUAA